CCGCCUCCUUUCUUUCCCUCUGCGCUCUUCUCCUCCCCUUCAAGAUCCGCUGCCAACUACAUCCGGCGGAGCUCGCUGCCAUCCUCACCCGCUCCUCUCGAUCCCCUCCCUUCCGGCGGAGCAUCGCAACUCCGAACCGCUCCUCUCGAUCCUGUCCCCCUGUCGUCUUCUCCUCACGACUCCCCGCCCUCCGCCAGCCCGAGCCCCUCGCUUCCUUCUCCACCAGGCCCUCCACCUUCGCUUGCCUUGACCUUGUCGUCGUGGGGGAUGGGGUCGUCGGGCUCAUGGCCGAGCUCGACAAGGUGGAGCUCGUGCGCACCCACGACGAUCCUGAGCUCAACGCCGGCUUCUGCUUCCUCUACAUACACGGACACCGAGCCCGCGACGGAGCGCGUGGCAAAGGUCGACGGGGUGUACUUCCAGGGCAUGUCGCUCAUGGUGCGGCUCGACGACGGGAGGAAGGGGUGGAAGACCGGGUGCGUUGGGUGGAUCACGGCCAAGGGAAGGAGGCGCCGUCGCCAUGGCAUCACGGCAGGGACGAGGCCUGCUACGAGUUCCGCAGGGUGGUGGAGUCACGGCCUGAGGACUGGCAGACCAUCGUCUCCGCCUUCGAGAGGAUCCCCAAGGUGGGCGGCUUCUCGCUGGGACAGGACCUCCGCCCGUUUGCUUCCACUCUGCUCGGCCGACGCCGCCAUGGCCGCCAAGGAUGCUGCGCUCGCUACUCACAUGUUUUCUGAUGCCGCAACAAAGGACUAUAUGUGGUUUCUUCAGUGGGGUUGUCGCUGUCGCUCCUGAUGUUCAAUAACAUUUCAGCAUUGGACCUGCUAGUCACCCAAGCCAAGCCUCGCAUCGCUUCAACAAAGCGAUACUUCUUCCAAUCCACCCCCGCUUCGACUCUGCUUUUUUCCAUCUUCUCUUAUUUAAGCUAAGAAAGAUUCUGAGUUUACAUCCAUCUCAUUACACUAGCUAGCACAAUAUAUUAGUUAAGGCAACUCUACUACAUAUCAAUUUCCCCUACUUGAUUGGUUCUAUAUUUUUAAAGUUGUUUCGUGGUGCAUGAUCCCAACCUGAAGAAAUAUAGGCUUAUGAUGACUAUUUUCCUUCUUAAGUAAUCAUAGUUGUUGGCUUCGGUAGCUUGCUGAAUAUGCUUUAGUUAUAUAUAGAAAUGACAUGCAUUCUAUGCUUAAAUUAUUGUUUGGCUCUAUAUAAUUGUUGACAUGAAUAUCUUGACUUCCCAAACAAGUAUAGGACUGUACCUAUGCAUACAAAUUAUCCUAACAAAACUGAAAAUAAAAUUUGAAGCAUGAAAUAAGCAAUAAGUGGCUGAUUCUUAUUUGCAUGUUAAGUAGAAAGUUGUAGCUAAGGCUUGUAUAUUACGAAAUAUUGUCACACCUCUGAGCUUCUACUAUUGUUAGGGACAUCGUAGUGUGAUCUUCAUGAUUUUUCGCUUGAAGAUGUACUGAUUCAUUAGCCAAGCAGAGACCGAAGUCAUCUUUUGCUACUGUUAGCUCUAUGGAUGUUUAUUUACCUACAACUUCUGCCAGCUCUAACUUGGUUAUAUAGCAGUUCAAUUCAGUCAAUCUGUUGGAACUAGUUUGUCUAUUACUUGUAUCCAGAUUUCAUAUCCUGCCAUAUGCCAUUGUCGACUUUCUUAGGUACAUAAUUGUUAUGUCUUGCAAUCUGGUAUAGAUGAUUGUCAAUGUAUUCAUUUAUACCUUUCUAGUGUACCUUGUAUGUGACCCAGCUGAUCUAUAUAUCAAUGCUCUGUUUCCAAUAGAUGUAUGCUGAUGCCUGAUGGCUGAUUCCUUAAAACUUCACUAUUGCAGCAGUAGCAUUUUCCCUUAGUGCAUAGAUGUAUGAGCGAUCACUUAUGCUUGAAACCUUGCUCUCUUUCCCAGGAACCAUCGUGGUCUGCAUCACUACUGGGGCAGGAGAGGAAAGACUGUUGGUGUCUCCAAGAAGUGAUAAACUGCUUCACAAAGAUCCUCGCAUAGCUUCACUACUACUGUGUUGGCGCAUUUCCAGAAUCUUAAGGAGUGUUCUUGUUUAGAUGAUUACCUUGGAUGAUGCUUUUUCUUAAGGAGGGGCUCAAGAAGAUUAGGGAGCUCCACAUCUGAGUUUUAGCCAUCCUCUAUAGCAAGGAGCUCUGGGCCAAAGGAGCAAGGAGAGCUGCUAGUUUCAAAUUCCUCAUAUUUUUGUGAGUCCAGAAAAAUUACCCCCGUGCACAAAUUCUUUUCCUAACCCCUUGUAACACCCUCGAUGCGGCUAUAUCUCCCACGUGUCGGAGCACGACUUAGAGGCCUAACCGCAUUGAAGGCAGUGUCGCAAGAGGGGUAAUUUUUACACAUCCCAUGUACUGAA